CAGCCGUGUUGUGUACGUGGACGAUCAAGUCAUCUACGUCUACACCAGCGGGAUGCAGAGGGCGGAGCCCGCCCAGUGUGGAUGGCGCAGAACGAGGGUCCGGAGUUCUGGGACGAGAGGACCUGGUGGGCACAGCGCCACCAGAAAUGGUUCAAAGCAAGUUUGAACACCCUGGGUCAGCUCUACAACCAGAGCGAGGGGUUUCACAUUAUCCAGAUGAAAUACGGCUGUGAUCUCCGGGAAGACAACACCACUUGGGGGUUUUACCAGGAUUCCUAUGAUGGGCGAUACUUUCUUACCUUUGAUACGGAGAGCAUGACUUUAGGAGCAGCAGAUAUUGGGGCUCAGAUCACCAAAAGGAGAUGGGAUGCUGAAGUAUUUGACAACCAGCAGUGGAAACGCUACUUGGAGGAGAGAUGUAUCCCCUGGCUAAGAAGUUCUCUAGAGUAUGGGAAGGAGACUCAACAGAGGAAAGUGCGCCCAACAGCUAGAGUGAGUGACAGGUCAUCUCAUGACGGCCUCACCACCCUCUCCUGUAAGAUCAGUGGGUUCUACCCCCAGGACAUCACCGUGACCUGGCUGAGAAAUGGGGAGAACAGACAGCAAGAGACCUACUCCGAAGGCAUCCUACCCAGUGGGGAUGGGACCUACCAGACCUGGGUGGCAAUGGAGAUUGAUCCCAAGAUCAAAGCCCAUUAUUCAUGUCACGUGGAGCAUGAGAACCUGUUAGAGCCACUCUCUGUCACCUGGGAACCAAAUAACAGUCUGAUUCCCGUUGUGGCUGGAGUUAUCACUGCAGUUGUCCUGAUUGGUGGUAUAAUCGGAGUAGUCGUCUGGAAAAAGGAACGCCCAGGUAAAGAGCCUGGGAUGGGGGGAUUCCCUGGACUUGGGAGGAAGGGAGAUGGCUAUGCUGUAGCUCAGAGUAAGUGACAACAAAUCCAUCGCCUCUUUUCAAGUGGCCACCUCCGAACAGCCAUCAGUAUUUGGUAUAAAGUGGUAUCAAGACUGCUGCUGACUCACAGAUCCACCUCUGCUCUCAGUCUGUCUCUGUCUGUCCAGAGGAAAGGAGCAGGGCAAAAGUAACACAUUCUUAGCCCCUUACUAAAACUCAAUGUGCGUUUUUGGUUGGGUAGCCCCCCCGUACCAGAAGGAAGGGGAAGGGUGGAUGGGAAACUGGGACCCUGAGACUAACAGUGCCCAGGGGCAAUGGGGAGAGGCCAAUGCUCCUGGUCAGCCUGAUUGACAGGACAGGCAGGCUAAUGAGGGAGUCAGGAGGCUGGGGGGGUGAGGGGCGUGAGCUGGAAUCAUCUGAGUCAGACACUGGGUCUGAACUCAGGGGAGAGCAGGAGCCCGAGCAGAGCUGAGCCAGAGAUAACUAGAGAAGCAGCCCAGGGAGCAGACCUGUGCUGGGAGCAGAGCUGCAGCAACCAGAGCCAGAGGGGCCAGAGAAGCUGCCUGGGGGCUGGAGGCAGAGCAGUGCUGAGGAGAGUGGAGCUGGGGCUGGAGCUGGAGCAGUCCGGAGCUGGGUGCAGUGAGCAGAUGGGGCAGAGUGAUGGGGGGACGACCCUGGGCAGAGGGUCCAGCGAAGGGAGACACACCAGCCAAGAUGACUUGGAAGGGGAUUGUUACCCUGAUAAGAGGGGCUGACACUGGGAAGAAGGAUCCUGCCACCUAGAGCCUGAGGGUGUUUGGCCACCGCCAGAGCGUCUGACCCACAGCAUCCCUGAAGCACAGCCAUGGCCUGAGAAGAAGGCCUGGGACAUGUGAGGAACAGACUGUGAACUGCCCUUACACUCCAGAGAUGUGUAUUUGUGAUGUUGCCUACCACAGAGCAGGGUGAUGUGUUUUUCUUUCACCUUUUCCAUUUUUCCUUAUUUUUUUAAUUGGUUGCUAUUUAAUAAAUUGUAUUGUUGA